AUGGUCAAAACUGCUGUGAUGAGUCUCACACCGGGGUUUCCCAGGUCGACUGUGACAGCAAAGCAGUCAAUGAUGAAGAGCAGGUGGCAGCACAAAAAAGUCAACUUGAAUAAUGUUGGUGAGAAACCCUACAUGUGUGGGGAGUGUGGGUACAGGGCGGAUUACAAGUAUCAGUUAUCCAUACAUAUAAGAACCCAUACAGGAGAAAAACCCUACAAGUGUGACCAGUGUGACUAUGCUGCAGCACACAAAUCUUAUUUGGACCAACAUCUAGCAAAUCACACUGAAAAAAAAACCUACAUUUGUGAGGAGUGUGGAUACAGGACAGUUAAAAAGUCUGACUUAUCCCGACAUAUGAGAACCCAUACAGGAGAAAAACCCUGCAAGUGUGACCAGUGUGACUAUUCUGCAGCACGGAAAUCUGAUUUGGGCAAACAUCUAACUAAGCACACAGCUGAGAAACCCUACAUGUGUGGGGAGUGUGGGUACAGGGCAGCUUACAAAUCUUACUUAUCCCGACAUAUGAGAACCCACGCAGUUGAGAAACCCUACAAGUGUGACCAGUGUGACUAUUCUGCAGCACACAAAUCUCAGUUAAACUACCAUCUUACCAAGCACACUGGUGAGAAACCCUACAUGUGUGGGGAGUGUGGGUACAGGGCGGAUUGGAAGUCUAAUUUAUCUCGUCAUAUGAGAACCCAUACAGGACAAAAACCCUACAAGUGUGACCAGUGUGACUAUGCUGCAGCUCAGAAAUCCACUUUGGACCAACAUCGAUAUCUCGCAAAACACACUGCCCAAAAGUCUCACUUAUCCCAGCAUAUGAGUACCCAUACAGGAGAAAAACCCUACAAAUGUGACCAUUGUGACUAUUCUUCAGCGUACAAGUCCUCUUUAGACCAACAUCUAGCAAAGCACACAGGUGAUAAACCCUACAUGUGUGGGGAGUACUUUGUCAAUUGGUUACAAAACAUAGAAAUCACGAUUCACACCAAGGAGGUUUAA